AGCCGGAAUGUCUGUCUUGCGCUUUAUCUGAGAAGUAAUACAUUUUAAGGAAGUGGUUUUAGGGAAAGGAACAACUCAGCUUUGACAGUAAGGGAGCUGAAAAAUCACAGCUGAACCAGUGAAUAAUGGCAAAGAAGAACCACCAAGUUGGAUCAUAGCAUGCAUCUGAAGAUAUGGCAUCCACUCUCUGUGAUUUGCUGUGUGUUUGCCGAGAAAAACACACUUGUAAACUGACACAUGAGAGUACGCAGAGUUUCUGCUGGACCUGUGGGGAAAGAAAGAAGCAAACCAAAGCCAUUUGACAAGCAGAGACCUUGAUCACUUUGUGUUUUCCUUUCUCUCCUCUAAUUCUUGAGCAAUGGACGAGCCCCUGCUGGGACGAGUGUCAGCAGUCUGCCGGAGCUGCUGCUCCUACAGCACCCUUAAGGCAUGGCUUCCCAUCCUCUCCUGGCUGCCCAGGUACAAGCUGAAGUGGCUUCAGAUGGACCUGCUCGCAGGCCUCACCGUCGGGCUGACGACUGUACCGCAGGCGCUGGCUUAUGCCGAAGUAGCCGGCCUCCCGGUGCAGUUUGGACUCUACUCUGCCUUCAUGGGAGGGUUCAUCUACACCCUCCUGGGGACCUCUAAAGAUGUGACACUGGGUCCCACAGCCAUCAUGUCACUCCUCUGUUUCUCGGUGGUGGGGGGGCAGCCACAUCGAGCCGUGCUGCUCAGCCUCCUCUGUGGACUCAUCCAGGCUGCAAUGGCAUUACUGAGAUUAGGUUUCCUGCUGGACUUUAUCUCUUUCCCUGUAAUAAAAGGCUUCACUUGUGCUGCUGCAGUAACCAUUGGCUUCGGCCAGGUUAAGAAUAUUCUGGGACUCCAGGGCAUUCCCCACGAGUUCUUCUUGGAGGUUUACUACACCUUCUACAAGAUCCCAGAAGCCAGGAUAGGUGAUGUGGUACUAGGUUUGCUCUGUCUCGCCCUUCUGGUCAUAUUGUUGUUUAUGAAGACGACUCUGGGCCCUGACGAUGCUCCCUACUCCAACAACUCCAGAGUCGCUAGGAAGCUAGUGUGGGCUGUUGCUACCAUGCGUAACGCUCUGGUGGUCGUGGCUGCAUCCCUCAUAGCAUUUUCCUGGGAUGUUUAUGGUCAUCAUGUGUUUACAAUAACUGGGAAAACUUCCCAGGGGCUCCCACCAUUCAGGCCCCCACCCACCUCCGACACUACAGCCAAUGGCACAGUUGUCUCCUUUGGAGAAAUUGUAGAGGGCUUUGGAGGAGGGCUUGCUGUGAUUCCCUUCAUGGGUCUGUUGGAGAGCAUUGCUAUUGCUAAAGCUUUUGCCAGUCAGAAUGACUACAGAAUUGAUGCCAACCAGGAGCUGCUGGCAAUUGGUGUGACCAACAUCAUGGGGUCCUUUGUGUCAGCCUACCCUGUCACUGGCAGCUUUGGGAGGACGGCAGUAAACUCUCAGACUGGUGUUUGCACUCCAGCUGGAGGGAUCAUAACCAGUGUGAUAGUGCUGCUUUCCCUGGCAUUCCUCAUGCCGGCCUUCUACUACAUCCCCAAAGCUUCUCUGGCUGCUGUUAUCAUCUGUGCGGUGGCUCCUAUGGUGGAUUUCCGUGUCGUUGCUAAGAUGUGGAGGAUACGCAAGCUCGACCUGCUGCCUUUUAUUGUCACAUUCCUGAUGAGUUUCUGGCAGGUGCAGUACGGCAUCAUAGGAGGUGUAGCUGUAUCUGGAGCCCUGCUGCUGUACAAUAUGGCUAGACCACAGAUGAAGGUGUCUGAUCACGGCGUGCUGGUGAUGGAACUGGGCAGUGGACUCAGCUUUCCUGCCACAGAGUAUCUCAGCCAUAUCAUACACACUCAGGCUCUGCAGGUGUCUCCGCCACGGUCAGUGAUUCUGGAUUGCCACCAUGUCAGUACCAUAGAUUACUCAGUGGUCAGCGAGCUCAGGGACCUGUUAAGACAGUUCAAACUGCGAGAGGUGCAGCUAGUCUUCUCCAGAUUGCAGCCCUGGGUUCUGGAGGUUCUCCUGGCAGCUGAUCUGCAGGGUCUCAGGUAUGUGGACAGUGUGGAGGCAGCGCUGCAGAUGGAGUCAGAACCUCCUCAGUGAGUGAGGCUGAACUGUCCCACCACAGACUGGAGAGGAGAUGUCUGAUGCAGGACAGAAGCAAGACUGAUCAGUGAUAUUUCCAGUCUGAGAUUGUUGGGCUGUUAUGAACUUGAAACAUGAUCUCUACCUCCAACAACUGGUUGGCUGUUACGUAUAUGAUGACUUCCAGUAGUCAGGUGUCAAAGUUUUUAUCAACAAAAAAAGGUGUUGCACUGAACUUUGCACCUGGCAAACUUGAGUUUGGAAAUGAUUGUGGAAUAUCUGAGAUUACAACACUACAUUACCAUCUUACAACACCAUUGCUCCAGAAGUCUAAUACUGUAUUGCUGUAUUGUUUUUAUAUGCUUUUGAGGUGUGGUAUAAUUUGACAUGGUGUGGACGUGCUAAAGAACAACAUACUCAUGACAACAUGAAAUAGUCGUGCUGUAUAGUACAAAGUACACCUGGUUAGUAAGCAAAGUACACCUGGUAGAGAUCCAGUGAGUUAUGUAACCUCGCAUUUCACCUUGCUGUAAACCUGAGUUUGUGAAAAAAAUCUA